AUUUAAAUUCCCUCUAGGAAGAAGUAAAAAGUUAAACGAACGCCCGCAAGGAUUUCAGAAAAAUACAAAUCUAGAACCUGUGUGUGAGUAACAUGACAACUACUUGGAGUUCUGGGACGACUUUAACUUCACCUUCUUAUGGGAAUGAUCAGAAACCAGAGGAGCUUAUAGGAAAAGGAUUUAGCUUUAUGGAUUUUUUGCCUCAGAUUCGUGAAUCUGGAGGAUUCUUUUCUGAACCUGUGUACGAAACGUUUAGAACACUAGUUGAUCGUGCAAAUGCUUGGUUGCAAGCCAAUCCGCAAUGGGAAAUAAAAACAUGUGAAAGUGUUGAAUUCAAAGCCUCAAGAAAAGAAUUUGAUACUCAAACUAUGACUUAUUUAGAGUAUGGAACAACUGUUAAUAGUUACAUCAGAGGACUCAGACUUUGGCUUCUACAAAGACCAGACAAAAAUAGUACAGGACAGCAAAUUGGAUACAUGAAUCUGAAACCCCACCAAACUAGUAAUGGUGGAAUUUUUUCCUCUUCAACUUAUGAAAGCCUGCAAGACGUUAUAGACAGAUUCAAUGCCAUGAUUCAAACAAAUCCUAUACCAGGACGAAUAAUAACGAUAGAAACUCAGGAGAUGAAAAUGAAAGGUGCAACGGACUUGGAUCCAGACAUAUCAAACUGGAGAGAGCGUGGAGAUAUACGAUCUAGGUUUCUUUUCGUCAUAAGAAUUUUUUUCGAGAUUAUGAAAGGACCAUCUGAAGAAAUAGGGGUUGUUGACUUUAUUCCAAACACAAUCAAACAAGGAGGAAUUUUUAGUUUUCCGAAAUACGAACCAUUUUCCAGUGUAGUUGGAAAAGCAUCUAACUGGUAUGCGCAGCAAGACAAACUCAGAUUCUGCAACGCUCAGUCUUUGGAAAUCAAAAUGAAGAUGGGAGGAGAUAUUGAUACACAGAAAAUGGAAUACGUGGAACAUGGUAACAGAAGUACAUUCUACGUACGUAUACUACGAGUUGCAUAUACUAAAGCUCCUUCACAAGAGCAAAGAUUGAUGAGGGAACCAUUAACAAUGAGACAACUCACGUGCAAGACUUUCGUUCCAGUACAAUUGACAUCCGGUUUCUUUGUUCCUAAAUUUGAAACACUGAAUGAAACAAAAACAAGAGUUUCAGCCUGGGUAAAAGCAACAGGUGCUCAAGUCUUCAGCGCUGAAACUACAGCUUUAAGAAUGUUCACUGGUGGUGAAGCAAAGCAUGGCACAGAGGCAAGUUUUACCUACAACAGAGAAGAAAGAAGUGAAUACUGGAUAUUUGUCAUUCGCCUUUAUUUGAAUGGGAAGUAUGAAGACCCUCCCCCAGAAAUGUUGCCCCCACUUCCUGAAUAUGAAGACCAACAGUGUUGUAUCAUGCUUUAAUCUAUGCGUACAGAAUUGCAACAAAAAUGAAGAAUGCGGAAAAUUUUGCUAUUGUUGUGACAUUAUGAACAAUCACUUUGUUUUCAGUAUUAUUUUGAUGUAUCACAGAUUAAAAGAAUACAAAUAAAGGAGAAUAAAAUAUAUUAAAUUUAAAA